AUGUCAGAAAAAAGAAUAAGAAUGAAUUUCUAUCUUUUUUUCUUUCUUUCUCCUCAUUUUGUUUCUUUCUUCAUUUCCUCUAUUUCUUUCUUUUUUCUUUCUUUUCUCUUCAUUUCUUUGUUCAUUUCCUCUAUUUCUUUCUUUUUUCUUUCUUCUCUCCUCAUUUCUUUGUUCAUUUCCUUUAUUUCUUUUUUCUUUCUUUCUUUCUUUCUUUCUUUCUUUCUUUCUUUCUUUCUUUCUCCCCAUUAUGUGUUUCCUUGUUCAUUUCCUCUAUUUUUUCUUUUUUCUUUCUUUUCUCCUCAUUUCUUUGUUCAUUUCCUUUAUUUCUUUUUUCUUUCUUUCUUUCUUUCUCCUCAUUAUGUGUUUCUUUCUUCAUUUCCUCUAUUUCUUUCUUUUUUCUUUCUUUUCUCUUCAUUUCUUUGUUCAUUUCCUCUAUUUCUUUCUUUUUUCUUUCUUCUCUCCUCAUUUCUUUGUUCAUUUCCUUUAUUUCUUUUUUCUUUCUUUCUUUCUUUCUUUCUUUCUCCCCAUUAUGUGUUUCUUUGUUCAUUUCCUCUAUUUCUUUCUUUUUUCUUUCUUUUCUCUUCAUUUCUUGUUCAUUUCCUUUCUUUCUUUCUUUUUUUCUUUCUUUUCUCCUCAUUUCUUUGUUCAUUUCCUUUAUUUCUUUUUUCUUUCUUUCUUUCUCCCCAUUAUGUGUUUCUUUGUUCAUUUCCUCUAUUUCUUUCUUUUUUUCUUUCUUUUCUCUUCAUUUCUUUGUUCAUUUCCUCUAUUUCUUUUUUUUUUUCUUUCUUCUCUCCUCAUUUCUUUUGUUCAUUUCCUUUAUUUCUUUUUUUUUUCUUUUUCUUUCUUUUCUUUCUUUCUUUUCUCCUCAUUAUGUGUUUCUUUGUUCAUUUCCUCUAUUUCUUUUUUUUUUUCUUUUCUCUUCAUUUCUUGUUCAUUUCCUUUCUUUCUUUUUUUUUUCUUUCUUUUCUCCUCAUUUCUUUGUUCAUUUCCUUUAUUUCUUUUUCUUUUUUCUUUCUCCCCAUUAUGUGUUUCUUUGUUCAUUUCCUCUAUUUCUUUUUUUUCUUUCUUUUUCUUCAUUUCUUUGUUCAUUUCCUUUAUUUUUUUUUUUUUCUUUCUUUCUCCUCAUUAUGUGUUUCUUUGUUCAUUUCCUCUAUUUCUUUCUUUUUUCUUUCUUUUCUCUUCAUUUCUUUGUUCAUUUCCUUUAUUUCUUUUUUCUUUCUUUCUUUCUCCUCAUUAUGUGUUUCUUUGUUCAUUUCCUCUAUUUCUUUCUUUUUUCUUUCUUUUCUCUUCAUUUCUUUGUUCAUUUCCUUUAUUUCUUUUUUCUUUCUUUCUUUCUCCUCAUUAUGUGUUUCUUUUUGUUCAUUUCCUCUAUUUCUUUCUUUUUUCUUUCUUUCUCUUCAUUUCUUUGUUCAUUUCCUUUAUUUCUUUUUUUUUUUUUUUUCUCCUCAUUUCUUUGUUCAUUUCCUUUAUUUCUUUUUUCUUUCUUUCUUUCUCCUCAUUAUGUGUUUCUUUGUUCAUUUCCUCUAUUUCUUUCUUUUUUUUCUUUUUCUCUUCAUUUCUUUUGUUCAUUUCCUUUAUUUCUUUCUUUUUCUUUCUUUUCUCCUCAUUUCUUUGUUCAUUUCCUUUAUUUUUUUUUUUUUUCUUUCUUUCUUUCUCCCAUUAUGUGUUUCUUUGUUCAUUUCCUCUAUUUCUUUCUUUUUUCUUUCUUUUCUCUUCAUUUCUUUGUUCAUUUCCUUUAUUUCUUUUUUCUUUCUUUUCUCCUCAUUUCUUUGUUCAUUUCCUUUAUUUCUUUUUUCUUUCUUUCUUUCUCCUCAUUAUGUGUUUCUUUGUUCAUUUCCUCUAUUUCUUUCUUUUUUCUUUCUUUUCUCUUCAUUUCUUUGUUCAUUUCCUUUAUUUCUUUCUUUUUUCUUUCUUUUCUCCUCAUUUCUUUGUUCAUUUCCUUUAUUUCUUUUUUCUUUCUUUCUUUCUCCCCAUUAUGUGUUUCUUUGUUCAUUUCCUCUAUUUCUUUCUUUUUUCUUUCUUUUCUCUUCAUUUCUUUGUUCAUUUCCUUUAUUUCUUUCUUUUUUUCUUUCUUUUCUCCUCAUUUCUUUGUUCAUUUCCUUUAUUUCUUUUUUCUUUCUUUCUUUCUCCUCAUUAUGUGUUUCUUUGUUCAUUUCCUCUAUUUCUUUCUUUUUUCUUUCUUUUCUCUUCAUUUCUUUUUUCAUUUCCUCUAUUUUUUUCUUUUUUCUUUCUUUUCUCCUCAUUUCUUUGUUCAUUUCCUUUAUUUCUUUUUUCUUUCUUUCUUUCUUUCUUUCUUUUUUUCUUUCUCUCCAUUAUGUGUUUCUUUGUUCAUUUCCUCUAUUUCUUUUCUUUUUCUUUCUUUUCUCUUCAUUUCUUUGUUCAUUUCCUUUAUUUCUUUCUUUUUUUUUUUUCUUUUCUCCUCAUUUCUUUGUUCAUUUCCUUUAUUUCUUUUUUUUUCUUUCUUUCUUUCUCCCCAUUAUGUGUUUCUUUGUUCAUUUCCUCUAUUUCUUUUUUUUUUCUUUCUUUUCUCUUCAUUUCAUUUUGUUCAUUUCCUUUAUUUCUUUUUUUUUUUCUUUCUUUUCUCCUCAUUUUUUUUGUUCAUUUCCUUUAUUUCUUUUUUCUUUCUUUCUUUCUCCUCAUUAUGUGUUUCUUUGUUCAUUUCCUCUAUUUCUUUCUUUUUUCUUUCUUUUCUCUUCAUUUCUUUUUUCAUUUCCUCUAUUUUUUUCUUUUUUCUUUCUUUUCUCCUCAUUUCUUUGUUCAUUUCCUUUAUUUCUUUUUUCUUUCUUUCUUUCUUUCUUUCUUUUUUUCUUUCUCUCCAUUAUGUGUUUCUUUGUUCAUUUCCUCUAUUUCUUUCUUUUUUCUUUCUUUUCUCUUCAUUUCUUUUUUCAUUUCCUCUAUUUUUUUCUUUUUUCUUUCUUUUCUCCUCAUUUCUUUGUUCAUUUCCUUUAUUUCUUUUUUCUUUCUUUCUCCUCAUUAUGUGUUUCUUUGUUCAUUCCCUCUAUUUCUUUUUUUUCUCCUCAUUUCUUUAUUCAUUUUCUUUAUUUCUUUCUUUUUUCUUUCUUUUUUUUCUUCUAUUUCUUCAUACUUCUUUUCUUCCUUUCUUUCCUCUCAUUUGUCUUCUAUGACUUUCUUUAUUUACAUUCUUCUUUCUUUUUCGUUCUUUCUUUUUCUUUCUUCCUUUUUCUUUCAUUUUAUUCCUUUAUCUUUCUUCCUUUUUCUUUCUUUCUAUUUUCUUUCUUUUCCUUUCUUUUCCUUUCUUUUUCUUUCUUUCUUUUUUCUGUCUUCCCUUUUUUCUUCCUUUUUCCUAUCUUUUUCUUUCUUCCUUUUUUCUUUUUUCUUUCUUUCAUUUUUCUUUCUUUCUUUUUCCUCAUCUAUUUCUUUUCUAGGCAUAUCUAUCUAUCUAUCUAUCUAUCUAUCUAUCUAUCUAUCUAUCUAUCUAUCUAUCUCAGUCUGUUCAUUAUCUGUCUCUCUAUAUAUGUUCAUAUCUAUAUAUGCCGAUUUUUAAGGUAA